UUAGGAGAGCUAAAACGCAUAAUAAGGCAGAAAAACUAGACAUGUUUAAUAAAUAUUGCUGUUCCCUAUUUGUAAAGACGAGGUGGGAUGUAUUCAUAGUGUGUGUGCAGAAGGGUCUGCUGCUAAGCAAGGGGUGCUGAGCUGGGAGCUGCAGGAGCAUUUCCAGGCGGGGUGGAUGGAUGUUGUACACAGGGCACUCCUGUGGGGGGAGGGUGGCUGUUGUGCUUCCUUUUUUAUUUUAUUAAUUUUUGUAUCCCCUUUUGGAUAUCUUGAGACCAUUCCAGAAAAGCUGGCAGAUGCUGUUGCCACCCCAUCUUAGCGUGAUGUCAGCCUGGGGACAGCAGAGCAUGAGGUGCACAGAGUGCUGGGAAGGAAGCGAUGGGAAUGUUGAACAAACUGAGCUCGUUUGUGAAGCAGUGAUGGAGGUCAUGCUGAGUGCAUGGGGAAGCACUGUGAUGUCACACAGCAUUUGGCUCCAGCAGCCCCUUGUAACAUCACACUUGUGUGGGACAGGAGCCAGAAGGCUCGGGGUUACCCUGGAGGCUCAGUGGGGACAUGUUGGUCACCAGCUGUCACAAGAGGCCCACAGGCUCCUGGGGUUCCAUCAGGCUGACGAAAGCAACAGCAGCGGGAGGAGGAGCUCUUCCAGCAGGGAGUGUUUGAAGAGGAGCCCCCGGAGCCCAAAGGCAGAGGGCUCCGAUUCGGUGACAUCUCAGUCCUCACCCAGUGAAGAAGCUGGAAUGAUGACUGAGGUGAAGGUGAAAACAGAGGUACCAGAUGACUACAUCGAAGAGGUGAUCUGGCAGGAUGACACCAAAGAUUCCAAGAAGAACAUAAAAGAUGGGCCGGGAGAUGUGCCAGCUGAGAUCUGCGUGGUGAUCGGAGGGGUCCGCAACCAGCAGACGCUCGAUGGAAAAGCAGUGGAACGUGGCUCUCCCGUUGGAUAUACACGAAAUCGAUAUUCAGGGACCUGGAUUUUUGACCAUGCAUUGAGAUACACGGCUGGGUCUUAUGAGUGUGGAAUAUGUGGGAAGAAAUACAAGUAUUACAACUGUUUCCAGACCCAUGUGCGAGCGCAUAGAGACAACUUUAGGUACACGUGUGACAUUUGCGGGAAAAAAUAUAAAUAUUAUAGCUGCUUCCAAGAGCACAGAGACCUGCAUGCUGUGGAUGUUUUUAGUGUGGAAGGGGCCCCAGAAAACCGGGCAGACCCCUAUGACCAGGCCGUCAUAGCAGCAGAAGAAGUGAAGGAGGAGGAGCCAGAACCGUUCCAGAAGAUUGGUCCAAAAACUGGCAAUUAUACCUGUGAAUUCUGUGGCAAGCAGUACAAAUACUACACUCCAUACCAAGAGCACGUGGCACUGCAUGCACCUAUUAAGUUCUCUCGAUCUCCACUCUUCGUGGCAGUGAAGACCCAGGGGAGCCAAUCCAGCAAAAAAACACCGACUUCAAUAAACCGAUGUUCCACCCUCCUGCACCGCACCCCUCCCGGUGUCCCACCGACAUCCCAGUCCCAGAUGUUCCGCGCUCCAAAUUCUGGAUCCCCGGGAAGCAAGGCCAUCACAGCAGAAAGUGCUUUCAGCAGGAGAGUGGAAGGCAAAGCGCAAAACAACUUUGAAGAAACAAACAGCAACUCCCAGAACUCCAGCGCUGUUCAUUCGGGGACAGAAAAACCUAAAGAAAAGAGAUGUAAGCAGAACCCAUCAGAGCCUUACACCUGUGGAGCUUGUGGAAUCCAGUUCCAGUUUUAUAACAAUCUCCUGGAGCACAUGCAGUCCCAUGCAGCUGACAACGAGAACAGUAUUGCCUCUAGCCAGCCCAGAUCACCUCUACCUGUUGUUGAAGAGAAGUGGAAACCACAGCUCCAAAGAAAUAACGCUAACAACACCUCUGCGAGCGGCUCCGUAGGGAACAGCGCGAUCCCGGAGAAGGAGCGGCAGAACAUUGCCGAGAGGCUCCUGAGGGUGAUGUGCACUGACCUCGGGGCUCUGAGCGUGGUGAGCGGGAAGGAGUUCAUCAAGCUAGCACAGACCCUGGUGGAUAGCGGAGCUCGCUAUGGUGCCUUCUCCGUCACCGAAAUCCUUGGUAAUUUCAACACACUGGCUCUGAAGCAUUUGCCUCGGAUGUACAACCAAGUGAAGGUGAAAGUCACCUGCGCCCUGGGCAGCAACGCCUGCCUGGGCAUCGGGGUCACUUGUCACUCGCAGAGCAUUGGCCCCGAUUCUUGCUACAUCCUAACAGCUUAUCAGGUGGAAGGCAACCACAUCAAGAGUUAUGUCCUGGGAAUUAAGGGCGUAGAUAUUCGAGAUAAUGGUGAUUUUAUCCACCACUGGGUACAGAACGUGCUCUCAGAGUUUGUGAUGUCAGAGAUCAGGACGGUGUACGUCACAGACUGCAAAGUCAAUUCCUCUGCGUUCUCCAAGGCAGGCAUGUGCUUGCGUUGUUCGGCCUGUGCCUUGAACUCAGUAGUGCAGAGCGUGCUGAAUAAGCGAACUCUACAGGCUCGCAAUAUGCACGAAGUGAUCGAGCUCCUGAAUGUCUGCGAAGAUCUGGCAGGAUCCACGGGCCUCUCGAAGGAGACCUUUGGCUCCCUGGAGGAGACUUCUCCCCCGCCCUGCUGGAACUCGGUCACCGACUCCCUCCUACUCGUGCACGAGCGCUACGAGCAGAUCUGCGAGUUCUACAGCAGGGCCAAGAAGAUGAACCUCAUCCAAAACCUGAACAAGCACCUGCUCAGCAACCUGGCGGCUAUUUUGGCGCCGGUGAAGCAGGCCGUGAUUGAAUUGAGCAACGAGAGCCGGCCCACCUUGCAGCUGGUACUGCCCACCUACGUCAAACUGGAGAAACUGUUCACUUCCAAAGCGAACGAUGCUGGCGUGGUCAGCAAACUCUGCCACCUCUUCUUGGAGGCGCUGAAGGAGAACUUCAAGGUUCAUUCGGCACACAAGGUAGCCAUGAUCUUAGACCCCCAGCAGAAGCUGCGGCCUGUCCCGCCGUACCAGCACGAAGAGAUCAUUGGCAAGGUCUGUGAGUUGAUUAACGAGGUGAAAGAGUCCUGGGCAGAAGAAACAGAAUUUGAACCUUCGACCAAGAAGCCCCGGGCAGCAGGGGAAGCCGCAGCAGCUCAGGAAGAAGAUUGGUUCGGGAAAAAUGAAGUCUACGAUUAUUUGCAAGAACCUCUCUUCCAGGCCACUCCUGACCUCUUUCAGUACUGGUCGUGUGUUACCCAAAAGCAUACAAAACUAGCCAAGCUAGCCUUUUGGCUCUUAGCAGUGCCUGCUGUUGGUGCCAGAAGCGAAUGUGUAAAUAUGUGUGAGCAGGCGCUCUUAAUCAAAAGGAGGCGGCUGCUCAGUCCAGAAGACAUGAACAAACUCAUGUUUUUGAAGUCCAACAUGCUUUAAGACUGUCUUUUAAUUAAAACAAAACUUUAAAACACUGUUCCAAACAAAGAAAAAGAAUUUAAGUUCUAAACACUGUGGACCUCAUUAUGAAUGCCCCUGGAAACCAAGUGCUUUUUAUAUAUAUAUAAAAAUAUAAAUAUAUAUAAAAUUAAGUUUGAGAGGAAAGCUGAGCACGUGAGAGAGACAGCCCUCUGCCAGGAACGUGCUCCUUUCCAUAGAUAGUGUGUGGACUUGACAGACUUUCUAAUGUUUUCAAGUGGGCAGACCAAUGGGAGGCUGAUGUUCUAAAGUCUUCAGGCAGCUGAGAUCUAAAGUGACUUGAAGUUUCUUUUGUUUCUCCUCCACCCCACCUUUCCUCUUGUCCCCUGGGCCAUCUUGCCAUGGAUAAUCAGACUACAUUGAACAGAGCAGUUCUGCACUGGACUUUGCUCCUUUGAAUAACUGUACACCUUGAGGGCAUUUGUCUACAGCCUUCUUGACAUACGGUGCACGUUAUCAGGGCAGCUGUGUUUUAUGAACACCAAUAUCUUUAGAAAUCAGGAAGGGAGACUUUAAUUUUUUUAUUACUAUUAUUAUUUCACUUCUUCAUGUAGGGUUUUUCCAAAAAAAAAAAACCAACAACAAAACCAAAAGUUACUCUUCUGUCUCCCAGUUUUAACAUGUUAGCUAGCGCUUAUAAGUUUGAUUUAAAACUAAGAGAAAUGAUUCAAGGCAGAAAAUGUCUGUAAUCUUUACGUUUCUUGGAUUUACUGUUUUUCACAGCACACCAUCUUUUCUGAAUUCCCAGUGUAAAUUAGCUUCUCGGUGAAUUCUGUGCAUCAGGGGUUCUCAGGCUUGUUGGUAGAGAAGCCCAUUUGUGAUUUAAUAACGCCCUUAUGGGAGCCACAGCAGUUGCUUAUAUGGAGGAGCUGGAGACCAGGACAGGCGAGCGGUGCCCACGCAGUGUCUGUGGGCCAGCAGCAAGCCGGGGUCUGCCAUCUGCCAUUGAGAACCCUCGUACCUAAAAUUUUUGCAAACCUUCCCAGUCCUCACACUCGAAAUAGCCUUCGCAAGGCCAAGGACAAACCAAGGUGUAUGAUUUUUCAGGGGAACAAAGAUCAUCAGUGUUGUCAAAGUAGGGUUUGAAGGAAGCUUAGAGAAGCGCAUGGGCUCAAAGAUCCUUCUGAAUGUAAGUGCUCCUGAUUGAGUGCAAAGAGUAUCUUUCCCUUUUAUUUGGAAUGGUUUCCUCUAGUAGCACGAAUGUCUUUUUUAAUACCUACAGUGCAUUACACUACUUGUUAUGUUGUUUAAUCCUUCUGGCUAGGAAGGCUGCGGGCCCUUAAACGUUCACACUCACUGGCUCACCCCGUAUGCAAUUAGAGAUCAUUGUGACACAAAAACAUCGCCAUCGCUGCGUUCACUACGGCCAGUGCUCUGCUGUGUCCGGUGCCGUGGGUGCAGCACUGCGUGCUGCUGGGUGGGAGCUCUGCAGGCUGUCACGUUUGGUGCCUCUUGGACAAUUCCUGACUUUCUGGUGCCAAAUUGUAAAUUUCCCAUCGCUUGGACUUGCAUCCGCAGAGGCCAAUUGAAACCAAUUCUGAUUUUUGAAGCAGGCCCUCCAGCUUCCAGCAGCGUGUUCCGAAGCUGCUGUUGGAGGUGUGGGAGCACAGCUGGGGCUCUCAGUGGGAGGCUGGGGCCCUCGGACAGUGCAGGGCUAUCUCUGGUGGCUGAGUGUGGUGGAAGGGCCCAUCAAAGGUGAUGGGGCCCUCUGAAGUGCAUGCUUGAGACCUUCCCUAGAUCAAGGAUGGUGUUUGUACCCGAGUGUCUUGCCCCACGACGACUUGCUCCUUUUGGCUUGCAUCAUGCAAUACUUACUGUAGCCAGAGCACAGACCUCAGGCUGGCAGCACCUCUCAGCAUUGUAAAUGGCCUCAGGGCAAAACCAGUUGUCACCUAAAUUGAGUUUUGCAUAUGGAUAACUUCAAAGGUAGAGCCCACAACCCCAUCAGUAACUGCGGGGUGAGCGGUGCAUGAAGGUGAGCAGCCGAGGCAGAGCUACUGGAAGGUCCAAUCUCUGGCAGUGGUUUUUGCAGAUGGCAGUGCAGGUUGCAGGCCAGCUUUGCUCUUUGCUGGUUGUACUUAUUUUCUCCCAUACAGCUCCUGCUCACCCAGCAGCACAUCACAAAAGAAAUGUGUAGCAAGCAAAACCCAAGCCUCAGACUGAAACAAACAUAAA